CAUUCCCUUGGUUGAAGGAGGGCAGACAACACCCCUCCUGAUGAAGCUGAACUCCCCCCCUGGUGUCAGCUCCAUGAUCAGCUCACUUUUCUUAGUUUCCACGUCUCAGGAGCAGCUAGCACGAGUGCUGCUCAUCUUCUGACCUUCAUCCAAUCACCAACACCAGCCAGCAUGGUCAGACUUUCUUGAGCGUUAUCAAUGAAAUAACAUUAUUGUACUCGAGGCUGCCCCACAAUUUGGGAGGCGAAAGAUCCAGGGCAUACAGUCCGCUGGUGCAGGUCUCUUUCGCCCGGCCGAUCUCCUCCUCUCCAUGAUCAGCUGAUCGGUCGGUCGACGGUCGUAUGCGUGUCUCCUGAUCUCCGUGCCUAUAAAAGGAGGCACCAAUUUGCAAGUCGUCCAACAAGCUUAUCAGCAUUCGAUCGCUCCAGCUAGCUGCAGAGCCUUGUGUUGUGUUCUCUUCUGCUCGAUCGCUCGGCAGUCAGCAGCACAACACUCUUGCUACUAUAUAAUUCGUCCAGGAAUAAUCAGUUCAAACCAAUGGUGCAGGAGAGGGCAGCAUGGGGCGCCAGCGACGGCGGCGGCAACCUGGUGCAGGAUGCCGUCGACUACAGGGGCUGCCCGGCGGACAAGUCCAGCACGGGCGGCUGGGUGGCGGCGGCGCUCGCCCUCGGGAUCGAGCUGUGCGAGCGCCUCUCCACCAUGGGCAUCGCCGUCAACCUGGUCACCUACCUCACGGGCACCAUGCACCUGCCCAGCGCCGCUGCUGCCAACGUGGUCACCGACUUCAUGGGCACCUCCUUCCUCCUCUGCUUCCUUGGUGGAUUCCUUGCCGACUCCUUCCUCGGACGAUACCUCACCAUCGCCAUCUUCGCCCUCGUCCAAGCCAUCGGCACGGGGCUGCUGGCAGUGUCCACGGAGGUGAGGCAGCUACGGCCGCCGCCGUGCGGAUCCGGCGCGGCUGGGUCGUGCGAGCAGGCCACUGGGCUCCAGAUGGGCGUCCUGUACGUGUGUCUCUACCUCAUCGCGCUCGGCACCGGUGGGCUCAAGUCCAGCGUCUCGGGCUUCGGCACCGACCAGUUCGACGAGCGCGACGCACGCGAGCGCGCCGCCAUGGGCCUCUUCUUCAACCGCUUCUUGUUCUUCAUCAGCGUCGGCACGCUCCUCGCCGUCACCGUCUUCGUCUACGUCCAGGACCACGUCGGCCGGAGCUGGGCCUAUGGCAUCUGCGCCGGCGCCAUGCUCGUCGCCAUCGCCGUCUUCCUGUCAGGCACCAGGCGGUACCGCUACAAGCGCAGCUCCGGGAGCCCCAUCGUGCACAUCCUCCAGGUCCUCGUCGCUGCCGCCCGGAAGCGGAACGUCGUCAAGCAGCCGCUCACCGCCUCCGCGCUCUACGAGGACCGCCCCGAGCACGCGCGCAUCCCCCACACCGCCCAGUUCCCGUGCCUGGACAGGGCGGCGGUGAUGGCCGGCGACGACGACAACGAGGUGGGCCGCGACGGGCGGCCGACGCCCAACCCGUGGAAGCUGUGCAACGUGUCCCGCGUCGAGGAGGUUAAGAUGGUGGCGCGGCUGAUGCCGGUGUGGGCGACGACCAUCCUGUUCUGGACCAUCUACGCGCAGAUGAUCACCUUCUCCGUGGAGCAGGCGACGACCAUGGACCGGCGCAUGGGCGGCUUCGAGAUCCCAGCCGCCUCGCUCACCGUCUUCUUCGUCGGCGCUAUCAUGCUCACCCUCGCCUUCUACGACCGCGUCUUCGUUCCGCUCUGCCGCAGCUUCAUGACCGGCCGGCAGGGGUUCACAAACUUGGAGAAGAUCGGCAUCGGCCUGGUCCUCUCCAUCGUCGGCAUGGCCGCCGCGGCAAUCUGCGAGAAGAAACGCCUCGCCGUCGCUGCCACGAGUCGCGGCGCAGGGCAUGGGUCGCUGCCCAUCAGCGUGUUCAUGCUGACGCCGCAGUUCCUGCUGGUGGGCGCCGGCGAGGCGUUCAUCUACACGGGGCAGCUGGACUUCUUCAUCACGCGGUCGCCCAAGAGCAUGAAGACGAUGAGCACGGGCCUCUUCCUCACCACGCUCUCGCUCGGCUUCUUCCUCAGCAGCGCGCUCGUCUCGCUCGUCAAGAGCUGCACGCGGUGGCUCGGCGACACCAUCAACCACAGCCGCCUCGACUACUUCUACUGGCUGCUGGCCGUGCUCGGCGUUGUCAACCUCGUCGCAUACCUCGUCUGCGCCAUGUGGGCAACAGCACCGGCCAGCAGGCAGGCGGAGCAGCCGCAGUCCGCCAUGGCCGCCGACGAGAAAUGCUAGCAAUUAAGUUUCACUACCGAUCGAUCGACCUCUGUUGCACUUGCACCCAUCACUUGAUACGCCUACCAAUUUAGAGGAUUUUAUAGUUUUGAGUGGUGCAGUUUCCAUGUGAUUUUCCUACAUGUUAAAACCAUGUUCACCUAUGCCUAUUGAAAAAAAUAAGAAAACCAUUUAAAUUUAAGAGGUAGACAUAGCUGGCCGGCCGCAGUGUGGUGUUUAGGUCGCUAGUCUAAGUUUCUUGUUUCUUGGCUAGUCACUCAUGUAAAAGCAUGCCCUAAUGGGCUUGUAGGA